AACGCCCCCCUCUGCGCUGCGCUAACUCAUAUCGUCCCGGGCACGCAGUGUUUUGAAAUAAGACAAGAUGUCUGCCGGAACAGUGCUAACGACGAACGAGCGUCAUAUUCGAGAUAAUAACUACAACAACAAUCUUCCAGAGGACCGAAUGGACGUUGAAAUCGACCCAGGACACAACGUAACGGACCGGGAAGACUUGGACACCGGAAUACAAGCCCCUUGUUCAUCUAACGGCAGUGGCGGGGAGGAGGACGAGUCGGAGGCCAUUGAUCGAGAAAGAGAAGCCAGGGGCUCGAUUCCUCAGCGCAACGGGGAAGGAGUGUUGUCGGGCAGGGAGCAAGAGGUGUCAGUCGAAAUCGGAGAGACGUAUUUAUGUCAGCGAGCCGACAAGACAUGGCGUAAGUAUUUGUUUAUAAGUCAAUAAUAGUUAGCUACGUUUGAAAAGGCUGUAAUGUAGCGGCAGAACACUAGUGUAUUUAUCAGUGCGUCCCGACUGGUUCACCAUCUUCAGACUGAUAGAGAACUUAGUCACGAAAUGUUUAACUGUGCAGGUAUUUUAUCGACUUGUUGUUGGUGAUCUCAAGUUCAAGUUUGCUUCUUGGACAUUAGAUUUGUGAAGUUGUGGUUUUGUUUAUAGUGUACAUUGAAGGCCAUCAAGUUCUAUGAGCUGUAAACUAGCUAGCUAGAUGUGUUUUUUUUUUUUUACUGAGAUCGCUACAGUUAAUUCAGUAAAACUCAACCUCUUUCUUUCAGAUUCUGCUGAAGUUAUCCAGUCCAGGCUGAACGAACAGGAGGGCAGAGAGGAGUUCUACGUACACUAUGUUGGAUGUGAGUGGGACACACACACACACACACACACACACACAGUACUUCCAUGCUCCUCUAUCUUUUCAUACACCUCUCCUUCUACUUUCCUCUACCUCCCUUUAUCAUGUCUUCCUUCUCCUCCUCCACCCCUCUCUCUCUACCUCUCCCCUGGCCCUGUAGUUAACAGACGUCUGGAUGAGUGGGUGGGCAAGGCUCGCCUGGCACUGACCAAGACGGCGAAGGACGCAGUGACAAAAAUCGCUGAGGGGGGAGGAGGGGGCGAGCUGGGGGAACAGCCUGAGAGGAAGAUCACCCGCAACCAGAAACGCAAACAUGAUGAGAUCAACCACGUGCAGAAGGUAGGCUAGUGCAGGAGGUUCUAGUGGUGAACACAGCAGCCUGAGCCUCUGGACUACAUACCCCCACGGCGGGGGAUCAAAUCCACUUUGUACAUUUCUAAACUGUUCUUCUGUCAGUCAGAUGAGUUAGAUUCAGAUAUUAAAUGGGCUCCUCUCACCCUCCAGACGUACGCAGAGAUGGACCCCACCACAGCUGCCCUGGAGAAGGAGCAUGAGGCUGUAAGCAUGUGUAGUUCUAAUGUUAGACACCAUUUUGAUAAAUGUAGUAGUAAAACAAUACAAUUCCUAGAGCGGGGAGAAGUAUAAAUGUGUCCUUGCCUCGCUCCCUCUCACCCAGAUCACUAAAGUGAAGUACGUGGACAAGAUCCAGAUUGGUAACUUUGAGAUUGACGCCUGGUACUUCUCCCCAUUCCCAGAGGACUACGGCAAGCAGCCCAAGCUGUGGAUCUGCGAGUACUGCCUCAAGUACAUGAAGUACGAGAAGACCUUCAGAUACCACCUGGUCAGUGACUUUCAGCUUCAACAGUUUAAAAGCACUGUUAGCUUCAGCAUUGCUGUUGGCUUUCAUUACCAUCUAGCAUUGGAGACUAGCACUUCUAUUUUACCAAUAUAUAGUUGAAAAGCUUUGAACCACAUACUCAUGUUUCAUCCUUCUCCACCUCUACUUCCUCUCUACCUUUCCUCUCUUCCUCACUGAAUCUGAUCCUCCAGUCCCAAUGUCAGUGGAGGCAGCCUCCUGGGAAAGAGAUCUACAGGCGGAGCAACAUCUCUGUUUACGAAGUGGACGGACGUGACCACAAGGUAAGAACACAGGAGGCAGGACCAGACCACAGAGAAUGAUCCCAAACUGUGGCCUGAAAGCAACUGGGAACAAUAACAACCUAGACCUCUCAACUUAGGUCUCGGGGGUACCCCUGGUUUGCAUAUGUUUGUUCCAGCCCAGCACUAACACACCCGACUCUACUUCAUUGAGCAUCUGCAAAAUGUAUUAAAAUGAACAAACCCACUGAUGGUAAUACUGACCCUUGUCUCUUUCUGUAGAUCUACUGUCAGAACCUGUGUCUACUGGCCAAGCUCUUCCUGGACCACAAGACCCUGUACUUUGACGUGGAGCCUUUUGUCUUUUACAUCCUAACUGAAGUCAACAGGCAGGGAGCACACAUAGUGGGAUACUUCUCCAAAGUAAGCACUGGUCCCAGUACUGGGAUGGGGUUAUAUGGGAGCACACAUAGUGGGAUACUUCUCCAAAGUAAACACUGGUCCUAGUACUGGGAUGGGGAUAUCUGUGGCUGCUUGUCCAAAGUAAAAACUGAUAUCUGUAAUGUAGCUGUUUUUUGGGGGGGGAGAUUAGUAACAGAUUUUUGUAUUUUAUUUUUUUGUAUUUAGCAGACGCUCUUAUCCAGAGCGACUUACAUGAGCAAUUAGGGUUAAGUGACUUGCUCAAGGGCACGUCGACAGAUUUUUCACCUAGUCGGCUCCGGGAUUAGAACCAGCGACCUUUCGGUUACUGGCGCAACACUCUUAACCACUAAGCUACCUGAUUGUUAUUCAAAUGUCUCAUGUCUUGAGGAAAGUCCCAAAUCUGAAGGAAAUUGUUAAUUGUUUUAGGUGAACAGGUAACUGGUAUAGUAUUGGCCUAUAAAAGCUGAGCCUGUUAUGUGUGAUCCACAGGAGAAAGAGUCGCCAGAUGGGAAUAACGUGGCGUGUAUCCUCACCCUCCCGCCCUACCAGCGCAGAGGUUACGGAAAGUUCCUCAUAGCCUUCAGUGAGUGGGAUAUACACACACACACACACACACACACACACACACACACACACACUAGAGCUGGGUAAUAUGGACAAAAAUCAGAUAAAUUGACUGAAUUAUAAGGUUAACGAUAAAUUGUACGAUAAGUUAAUACAAUUAUUAUGCACCAGUUAUUUUAUUUUACCCUUUAAACUACUACUGCUACUUUGAAUGUUAGCAAUUGUCCCGUUAGAAAUAGCUCAUAUUAGCAGGCUUAGGCUUAUUCCAUUUCAAACUCCACAUUGCUCCCGUAAAGGCUACUUAUCGUUAUUAUCGAUAUCAGUAAAAUGUUGUCGCUAAAUGGUCGGUUUGGUUGGUGACGAUCAUUUUCGGUUUAUCGUCCCAGCUAUAACACACACUAUCACGUGCUCUCUCUCUCUCCCUCUAGGUUAUGAGCUGUCUAAAUUGGAGAGUACAGUGGGUUCUCCAGAGAAGCCCCUGUCAGACCUGGGCAAGCUAAGCUACAGGAGCUACUGGUCCUGGGUGCUGCUUGAGAUCCUCAGGGACUUCAGGGGCACGCUCUCCAUCAAAGACCUAAGGUAAACACACACACACACAACCUUUUUCAUUUCACCAUUUCGGAAAGUAUUCAGACCCCUUGACUUUUUCCACAUUUUGUUACGUUACAGCCUUAUUCUAAAAUGGAUACAAUUGUUUUUCCCCCCUCAUCAAUCUACACACAAUAGCCCAUAAUGACAAAGCAAAAACAGGUUUGUAGAAACUUUAGCUAAAAAAAAGUAUUCAGACCCUUUACUCAGUACUUUGUUGAAGCACCGUUGGCAGCAAUUACGGCCUCAAAUCUUCUUGGGUAUGAUGCUACAAUCUUGGCACACCUGUAUUUGGGGAGUUUCUCCCAUACUUCUCUGCAGAUCCUCUCAAGAUCUGUCAGGUUGGAUGGGGAGCUAUUUUCAGGUCUCUCCAGAGAUGUUGGAUCGGGUUCAAGUCCGGGCUCUGGCUGGGCCACUCAAGGACAUUCAGAGACUUGUCAUGAAGCCACUCCUGCGUUGUCCUGUUGGAAGGUGAACCUUCGCCCCAGUCUGAGGUCCUGAGCACUCUGGAGCAGGUUUUCAUCAAGGGUCUCUCUGUACUUUGCUCCAUUCAUCUUUCCCUUGAUCCUGACAAGGCUCCCAGUCCCUGCUGCUGAAAAACAUCCCCACAGCAUGAUGCUGCCACCACCGUGAUUCACCAUAGGGAUGGUGCCAGGGUUCCUCCAGACAUGAUAGUUGUCCUUCUGGAAGGUUCUCCCAUCUCCACAGAGGAACUCUGAAGCUUUGUCUGAGUGACCAUCGGGUUCUUGGUCACCUCCCUGACCAAGGCCCUUCUCCCCCGAUUGCUCAGUUUGGCCGGGCGGCCAGCUCUAGGAAGAGUCUUGGUGGUUCCAAACUUCUUCCAUUUAAGAGUGAUGGAGGCCACUGUGUUCUUGGGAACCUUCAAUGCUGCAGACAUUUUUUGGUACCCUUCCCCAGAUCUUUGCCUUGACACAAUCCUGUCUUGGAGCUCUAUGGAUAAUUCCUUUGACCUCAUGGCUUGGUUUUUGCUCUGACAUGCACUGUCAACUGUGGGACCUUAUAUAGACAGGUGUGUACCUUUCCAAAUCAUGUCCAGUCAAGGUGUAGUAAACCGGAUGCACCUGAGCUCAAUUUCGAGUCUCAUCGCAAAGGGUCUGAACACUUAUGUAAAUAAGGUAUUUCUGUUUUUGCAUUUUUUAUAAAUUUGCAGACAUUUCUAAAACACUGUUUUCGCUUUGCCAUUAUGGGGUAUUGUGUGUAGAUUGAUUUAAUCAAUUUUAGAAUAAGUCUGUAACGUAACAAUGUGGAAAUACUUUCCGAAUGCACUGUACAUCCUCAUGGAUGUGAAUAUCCAUCCACUUGCACAUACACAUCAUAGGUACACUUGCAUUCACUUGUACAUAUGCCAAGUACUUCCACGUCAUACCUGUACACAUAUGACCUCACACACACUCAGCCCCAGAUUCUCAAUGCUCUUCCCCCUCCACAGUCAGAUGACCAGUAUCACCCAGGGUGACAUCAUCAGUACGCUGCAGUCCCUCAACAUGGUGAAAUACUGGAAGGGCCAGCACGUCAUCUGUGUCACGCCCAAACUGGUUGAAGAACACCUCAAGAGUGCCCAGUACAAGAAGCCGCCAAUCACAGGUAGACACGUUACCUUUUCACUUCCUAAAUGGUACCCUAUUCCCUAUAUAGUGCACUAUUGACCAGAGCCUGAAUAGCCCCCCCCCAGGGUGGCAGGUAGCCUAGCGGUUAAGAACGUUGGGCCAGUAAUUGAAAGGUCGCUGGUUCGAAUGCAUAGUCACUUUACCCCUACCUACAUGUACAAAUUACCUCGACUAACCUGUAUCCCCGCACAUUGACUCGGUACCGGUACCCCCUGUAUAUAGCCUCGUUAUUGUUAUUUUAUUGUUACUUUUUAUUUUAUACUUUAGUUUAUUUAGUAAAUAUUAUCUUAACUCUAUUUCUUGAACUGCAUUGUUAGUUAAGAGCUUGUGAGUAAGCAUUUCACGGUAAGGUCUACACCUGUUGUAUUUGGGCCCAUGUGACAAAUCAAAUUAGAUUUGAAUCCCUGAGCCGACAAGGUGAACAAUCUGUUGAUGUACCCUUGAGCAAGGCAUUUAACCCUAAUUGCUUCAGGGUCGCAGUCAAUAAUGGCUGAUCCCUGGCUCUGACCCCACUCUCCGAGGGUGUCUCAGGGAUAUGCAAAAAAACCAAAUGUCCAAUUCACACGCGUAUAAUACACACUUGUACAUGUGUGAAAUAGAACAAAUCUAAGCACCCACCUAAUUAUUAUUAUUCCCUAUAUAGUGCACUAUAUAGGGAAUAGGGUGCCAUUUGAGACAAACCCCCAGUCCUCUCCUUAGUGAGUACUUAUCUGAAGGACUUGAUAAGUGAAAGCAAGAAGGAAAACACAGAAUUUAAAGACUUGUGGGUCCCACCACAGCCACAUCUCUCCUUCUUUCUCCCAGUCCCACUCUCUCCUGUUUCUCACUGUUCUCUUUGACUUGGCACAGCUGAAAGAAGGGUGUGUGUUGUGUGCAUUAAUGUGUAUAAAGUAGUGCUGAGCUAAUUGACAGAUGUCGGUUCAAUUAUUUGAAUUUCAUUUCGUUCGGUUUUUUGUCUGUGAGCUCAAUGCUCAGUUUCUCUAGAGAUAAAUCAGAUCAAGCCCGAACUGUGCGACGUAGUAGGGAGUUGUAGUUUCCAACAGGCCAAUAUUCUACGUAGUUUAGCGCAGAAAAUGGGGUAAUUAACUACAAUGACCAUAAUUCAUUGCGCGCCUACUUGUCCGGUCUAUGUGGGGCAGAUACGGAGAGGGAGGGAAGAGACAGACGGUGUUUUCCAUUUUCCACUUCAUAUUAGCUAGGCAACUUUUCAUUUAAGUUUAAAUUCGCUAGUCCGUCGAGCCCUCUCCUGCUAGAAUGAACGAUAUGCAUCUUCUAGCGAUCUGUUGAUAGGAUAGGUGCUUGUCCAGUAACAAAUCGAGCGACGACAGGGAAGUGAAAAGAGAGGAAGAGGCGAAGCGAGAGGUUUCACUCUUGCCAAAAUCUGUCCAAAAUAAGCCCAAUGUGUUUCUAUGGGCUUAUUUUGGAGCUAAGCUUGUCGCCUGCUAUUGUUAGGGCGAAGACAUGAGCAUCUCCUCAUUAUAUACAGAUCUGUGGUUGCAGUCAAAUAUCUUUACACGGAGGAGGGAGAGAGCAUGAUGCUCUUUAAUUUGCCCGACCAAUGUAAUGUAAGUGGUAACGAUGAGUUGAAAUCCACGACUUAGCCGAACUAUUGUUUUCUGACAGUCAGUUAUUUUCUUUCGCGUGUUUCACAUAGCCAGCCACACAGAGUCAUGACACAUAGUAGAUUAUUUAUUUUGCGUUGCUUGACAACUUAAGAGCAAGUGUUGACUAGUUUAUAAAAGGUGUGGAACUGACUGAAUAGAGGUGAUCUCCUAUAUCCUUUGCCCAUAGAUCAUGCGAUAUGGUUAUAUGUCCAUGGUAUCACAUCGGGACAAGUAAACCAAAGGGUUUCCUUUCCUAGGAUGUCGGGGCUUGCCAGACAGUGACACUAAAGUGAGUGACUCUCGUCUCGUCAGUCACUGUAGCCUAUCGAAUCGCAUCGGUGAGAAAGCCGUUCAUUUGGCUCCCUAAUUUGGAUAGGUUAUUGGGAGGCCUAGUCUUUUUGGCGAUUAUCUACAGAUACAUUAUGAAAACAUUCGAUGAAGAUGUUUUCAUCGAAUGUUUUGACCGCAGCAAUGGGUAGUGGAGAGCCUAAUUCUGGCCAAAAUAUGGAAUCCAGGCAUUAAAAUGGGAUUCAACAAUAUUAAAACAUGUAUUGCCUUAGUAGAGAAUCAACUAAAUGUAUUAAUUAAUUGCCCAAGUUUAUCAUAAGACAUGAACAGAAUGCAUCAGUGAUUUGUAUUUCUUGCAACUUUCUGAAUAAACAACGAGAAUUCCCCUGUAUGUGCGGUGUACGCAUCUAACACUUUGUGUAGCCGUUAGCAAUGAUGCUAAUGAAAAGUAUUCUGGUAGAUGGAAAGGCUUUCCCAAAAACUAAUUAAAUGGUAACUAGAAAGUAGCCUAUACUUACCUGGCAGAAUGAUAUCAUGAUUAUUUUCAUAAAUCCAGUGGGUAUUUGUUUCUACCAUCACGUGCCCUACAAAAACACAGCUAAACAACAGCCUCUUGCUAGGUGCACACUUGAAUUAAAGGGUAACUACACCCAGAAAUAAAAAUGGAUGAGAUUUUUUCCCAGACCUUAGAAGUGGUCUCCUGAUGUGGUUUAAGCUUUGUAACAUACAAUUUAGUUGUUUUUCUAUUAACAAAGUGUGACUUUAAGAGCGAAAACCUGAGUGGCGCAGCGGUCUAAGGCACUGCAUCGCAGUGCUAGAGGCGUCGCUACAGACCAGGGUUCGAUCCCGGGCUGUAUCACAACUGGCCGUGAUCGGGUGUCCGAUAGGGCAGCACACAAUUGGCCCAGCGUUGUCCAGGUUAGGGGAGGGUUUGGCCGGGGUCAUUGUAAAAAAGAAUUUGUUCUUAACUGACUUGCCUAUUUAAAUAAAGGUUAAAUAAAAAAUAAAAAUUGUGGAAAAACUCAAAUCUGGAAAAACACCUUUUUAUUUUUCAAGAUAAUGUGAGCUAUUUACUUCAUUUUUCUGUUUUAAUAAAAUACAUAAUUUGAAGAACAAACAUCAUUGUGGCAAUUCAUACAGUAAAACUGUAAAUAACACUUUAAUCUCGAGAUGACAGGUAAAAUGUUAAACGCUAAAUGUUAUCUUACUUAGAAAAUAGUCCUGAUCAUAUAGGCCAAAACCUAGGCAAUAUCCAAAACAACUAACAAUACACUGCCCCCUAACCCCCCAAUCCAAUCUGGGAGGUAAAGUAAUCAGUAAUUUUGCUGUGUAUUUCAGAUGGAAUCAAGGCAUUAGAAUGUGCCAUAGGCAAAAAAAGGUCUUACCCAGAGGUGCAACCUUAUUCACAUAAGUAUUCAGACCAUUUGCUAUGAGACUUGAAAUUGAGCUCCGGUGCAUCCUGUUUUCAUUGAUCAUCCUAGAGAUGUUUCUACAACUUGAUUUUGAGUCAACCUGUGGUAAAUUCAAUUGAUUGGACAUGAUUUGGAAAGGCACACACCUGUCUAUAUAAGGUCCCACAGUUGACAGUGCAUGUCAGCGCAUAAACCAAGCCAUGAGGUCGAAGGAAUUGUCCGUAGAGCUCCGAGACAGGAUUGUGUCGAGGCACAGAUCUGGGGAAGGGUACCAAAACAUUUCUGCAGCAUUGAAGGUUCCCAAGAACACAUUGGCCUCCAUCUUUCUUAAAUGGAAGAAGUUUGGAACCACCAAGACUCUUCCUAGAGCUGGCCGCCUGGCCAAACUGAGCAAUCGGGGGAGAAGGGCCGUGGUCAGGGAGGUGACCAAGAACCCGAUGGUCACUCUGACGGGGCUCCAGAUUUCCUCUGUGGAGACGAGAUAACCUUCCGGAAGGACAACCAUCUCUGCAGCACCACCAAUCAGACAUUUAUCGUAGAGUGGCCAGACGGAAGCAACUCUUCAGUAAAAGGCACAUGACAGCCCGCUUGGAGUUUGCCAAAAGGCAACUAAAGGACUCUCAGACCAUGAGAAACAAGAUUCUCUGGUCUAAUGAAACCAAGAUUGAACUCUUUGGCCUGAAUGCUAAGUGUCACGUCUGGAGGAAACCUGGCACCAUCCCUACGGUGAAGCAUGGUGGUGGCAGCAUCAUGUUGUGGGGAUGUCUUUCAGUGGCAGGGACUGGGAGACUAGUCAGGAUCGAGGGAAAGAUGAACGCCGCAAAGUAAAGAGAGACCCUUGAUGAAAACCUGCUCCAGAGUGCUCACGACCUCAGACUGGGGCGAAGGUUCACCUUCCAACAGGACAACGACCCUGAGCACACAGGCAAGACAACGCAGGAGUGGGUUCGGGAAGAGUCUCUGAAUGUUCUUGAGUGGCCCAGCCAGAGCCCGGACUUGAACCCGAUCUAACAUCUCUGGAGAGACCUGAAAACAGCUGUGCAGCGACGCUCCCCAUCCAACCUGACAGAGCUUGAGAGGAUCUGCAGAGAAGAAUGGGAGAAACUCCCCAAAUAAAGGUGUGCCACACUUGAUGCGUCAUACCCAAGAAGACUCAAGGCUGUAAUCGCUGCCAAAGGUGCUUCAACAAAGUACUGAGUAAAGGGUCUGAAUACUUAUGUAAAUAUUAUAUAUUGUUUUUUUUUUAAUAUUAAUUUUGCUGAAAUUUCUAAAAACCUGUUUUUGCUUUGUCAUUAUGGGGUAUUGUGUGUAGAUUGAUGAGGGGUAAAAACAACAAUGUAAUCAAUUUUAGAAUAAGGCUGUAAUGUAACAAAAUGUGGAAAAAGUGAAGGGGUCUGAACACUUUCCGAAUGCACUGUGUGAUAAGCAGUAAUGGGCAGUCACUACCAUCAUGGGACUUUUUAUUAAUUGUUUUAUUCUGUGUUACAAUAUUCAACCCACAAAUGCAUAGUGCAUUUUAAUGUAAAAAAUGAAAACAGGAUUAUUUUUAAAAUAAUUGUACCGAACCGACCUCAAAGCCGUAAUCGCUCAGCACUAGUAUACAGUAUGCUGUUGUCUCAUGAGGAUGACGUCAUAGUACCACUCUGUGUGUGUGUAAGCCUGACUAGUGUUUCUCUUGUCUCCUCAGUUGACACAGUGUGUCUGAAAUGGGCCCCACCCAAACAUAAGCAAGCCAAGUUCUCCAAGAAGUGAGGGGAGGAGCUGCUGACAUCAUGCCAGACCACCCAACCAACCCACACACGCAUGGUAUUCAUUCUCCAAAUCCCUCCUUCCCUCCACUUGUUUUAUUUUUCCCCAGUUUAAACUAUUUGUUGUAAAGAGGAACCAACAUUAUAUAUAGUAUAUUACUAGCAUCCUUCAGUCUUUUUUCAGUUUUUUUAAUAAACAAGAAUAGUGAUAUUCACUUGGAUGGUCUUUUCUCUUUCAUUGAACCUAGUGAUUUGUACUGACAUGAUUUCUACUCGACUCAAUAGCAGUGUUUCUCCUAGAUAUAUUUUCCCCUUGGCGGGGUGCAAAGGCACCUGAAGCAACUACUAUGAAGACUGAGUGAAGACUACUCCUAUAUGCUUUAAAAAUACCGCUAAUAACAAUCAGGGAUGCAAUAAAAAAAAUGGCAAAAUUGUUAAAUAACAAUGGUAUUAUAUGGCACACAGUUGUUACUCAAUUGUGUGAAGUGAUAUGACAUGAAGUGAGAGAAAGCAGUUGGUAUUAGAUUUCACAUGGAGGCAUUAGGUAUUUUCUCAACAAAUUCCCGUAAGACACUUGUCUUAACGACUUUGCCUAUAAAGUCAUGGUGGUGAUAAGAAGUUAAAGGAAUUGAAUGGGACGGCAGGGGUGGACAACACUCCUCCUAGUGUUAGGUUUGCAGACUUUUGCUCUAACAUACCUGAAUACCGGUACACUUACUUUACCUGGCUACUCACCCACAUCGCUCCGGCCAACUAACGCUUCUUCUCCACCAUGAGUCUGGAUUUGCCUCCUCGACAAUUUCUAGAAUGCGAACACAUUCAGACCGUUCUGAUUGGUCCCAGAAACCGAUGGGUUGGGCCA